AUGGCAGAACAUAAAAAUGCCAUAUAUCCCAGGAACCCGGCUGACCCCAUGGCUGUCCAUUUCCAGCGGACAGGACACCCUACCCCCUUGUCUUUGAAUCUGAUGGCGAGAGAGGUGGUCCCUAAGUCCACAAGGGAGGAGGACCGACUCAGAUCUCUCCUUCAAUGGGAGAUCUCACCUCAUGACCAAGCUCUCUACGCAGACAGAUUUGUUGUGGAUGUAAUUCAAAAGGAUCAUGUGAAAACUGCUGAGGUUGGGCAAGAUGUGAAAUUAAAUUGUUAUUUCUCAAAUAAUCAAAUAUCUAAUGUAGCAUGGUUCAAACAGACUGUUGGACAAAAACCUAUCCCCAUUGCCUCGUCGUACCAUCGCUCACAAACUGCUCAGUUUUUCAAUGGCUUUGAUAAAAGUAAACGCUUCAAUGUAUCAAGAGGUCUCAACAGUUUUGACCUGCAUAUCUUCAGGGCCGAACCAUCAGACUCAGGGACGUAUUACUGUGUUAUCACAUUCCUUUACGAGCAAACAUUUGGAGAGGGCACCAUUUUAAUUGUUGAAGGUGCAAAAUCCAGCGACAGUGCUAUUCAGCAGCUGCCCAUCUCCACUUUCCUUCAAACGGGAGAGAACGUUAAUCUACAGUGCACAGUGCCAGCUGAGAUCUGUGCAGGAGAACACAGUGUUUACUGGUUCAGACAAGGUUCAGGAGAAUCCCAUCCAGGAAUCAUUUACACCCGUGAAAACAGGAGUGAUCAGUGUGAGAAGAGGUCUGAGGCUGGUUCUCCUACACAGAGCUGUGUCUAUCACCUCCCCAAGAGGAACAUCAGUUCUUCUGAUGCUGGAACUUAUUACUGUGCUGUUGCCACAUGUGGACAGAUAUUGUAUGGGAAUGGAACACAACUACUCUUUCAAGCUAAGGCUUAG